UCUUAUCCAGAUGGAAGAUAAUGAUAGCAAAACAUAUACUCAAUCUGUCCAAAGAAGACUUGAAAGUAUGGUACAAUACAGAAAUGAUAAUUGGAAAAUGUCAUAUGGUUUUAUUAAUACUACUCAAAAAGACGUGGUUUUGCAACAAAAAUCGACCUAUCUACUCUGCAUCUACAAAAAUAGGUUACAAAAUGCUUGUCCAGCUGACAUUAAACUGCUGAAACAUAGCGUUCAGGAAGACUUGAAAUCUAAACAUGACGAGUUAAAAUCUAAAGAUGUUGAUUUUGAAGAAUGUGAAGCAGAUUUAGACAUACAUCAUAGUGAGUUAGCAAUAGAUCCACCAAAAGUGAAGAUUUGGGACGAAUAUAGAAAACUGAUAGAAUUAUCAAGACAAAAACCAAAAUCAAAACUUAAGCGAUCAUUGAUACACGUGACAUCGUUACCAAAACUUUAUGUCAAUAAGUCUUACUCCAAGCUACGAUCAGGUUUGAACAAUCGAAUGAAAAGAAGCAUACUAAGAUCUGAUACCCAAAAGAGUAUAUUAGUGGCCAACACGAAUUACGUGCAAUUUCGUAAUUUUAAAUUGAAAAAGAUGUAUAAGGUUCGUCUCGACUAAUUUUCAUUUAAUCCUUCGGCAGUGCAACGAAAUGAAAAAGAAUUUAGAAUACCUUUUUUCGAAAAUAAUCGUCCCAUUAUCCUGAAGAUUUCCUAUAUGUCUGAUAUCAAGUGUGAAAGAUACAUAUUUUCAAUUUUUUAUAGGAAAUAAAUAUUAAUAAUUAUAUCAUGUCAUGUAUGAAGAUGUGAAAUUUAAAAUAUUAUGUUUGAUUAUAGUAUGAAUUAUAAUACUAUAUUUGUUGAAUUGUAAGGAUCUCUCUUGGGUUGUACUCUUGAAGGGUUAAUUUUGCUGCGAUCAAAUUUUAUUUUUUUUAUAUUAGAACAUUUCUUAAAUGUGACACAAAUACAGAAGAAUUAUUGUUAAUAGAUUAAUGAUUUUUAUGCAUUGAUACGAAUAUUUAGAAUUCAAUAUAAAGAAAUAUGCAAAAUAUCCGAAGUAUUCCACUCGCUAUAAUAUUCAGUGGGUAAAGCAAAUUUUUUUUAAAUGCACCCAAAAGAUAUAAGUUUGCAUGUAUAUGAAUUUUACGCCAAAUAAUUUUUUUUCUUAAACGUCUUUUUCGAUUGAAACUAAAGCGAGAGUGAGAAAUAAAAAAACUCGAAGACCAUUUUCUAACCGAUUUUAUUAUAUGGCAGAAAAUAGUUAUACUGCAAAAUGUCAGCAAUAUCCCAGCAAGAUUUCAAAUAGAAGGGAGACCGUAUCGUUCCAAGUU